AUGCCUAUGGAGCUGCGCAAGCGCAAGGCGCCUGAGGCGGCGCCUGUUGCGCCCGUCAAGAAGGCGGCCAAGGCAGCUCCCAAGCCCAAGGCCGCCAAGGCAGAGACAGAGAAGCCUGCAAAGGCAGAGAAAGUCCCCAAGGCCGUUGCUAAGAAACCCAAGGACGUGUCCGCGCCCGCACCGCCGUUCCCGGAAGUCGGCUCUACCAUUGACCUCGAGGGCUUUGGCGGCGAGGUCGAGAUCAACGACGGCACCAAGACGACGCUCAAGGCUCUUGUCGAGGCCAGCAAGUCCGGCGUUGUCAUCUUCACAUAUCCCAAGGCGUCCACGCCGGGAUGCACCAAGCAAGCAUGCAAGUUCCGCGACGAGUACGAGCCGCUGACGGCGAGCGGCCUCUCCAUUUAUGGCCUGUCCCACGACACGCUCGAGGCCAACACCAAGUUCAAGAACAACCAGAAGCUGCCGUACCCCCUGCUGUGCGAUCCGGCGCAGACACUGAUCGGCGCCAUCGGCCUGCGCAAAUCGCCCAUCACCUCGGCCGUGCGUGGCGUGUUCGUGAUUGACAAGUCCGGCAAGGUCCUGGCCGCCGAAGCCGGCUCUCCCGACGGCACUGUCGCCACGGUCCAGAAGAUUGUCAACGAGAGCAAGUAG